CACACACACACACUCCACUGUUAUGUUACUGACUGAGCCAGGAGAGAGCUGGACCUGGACCCUUUGUGAGUGAAUGAGACAACACGACACGGAGAGUAAGAUCACACACAAAGACUUGAGUCCAACAUCUUCCUGUUGGUAUUGUUGUAUGUCUCUUGCUGUCUUUCAGCAGCAGAGAGAACCAAGCUUGACAUACAGUAUAGAGAUGGAGAAGAGUGGUGUUCCUGAGUGUCUCACCCACUCUGAGGUAUUGGGUCAGCUGAGAAGAGAGCUGUCCCAUUCAUCUGACUUCCACAUCUUCAUCAUACUGGGAGCCUCAGGAGAUCUUGCCAAUAAGAAGAUUUAUCCUACAUUAUGGUGGCUGUUCAGAGAUGAGCUUCUCCCAGAAGAGACCCACUUUGUGGGCUUUGCUCGCUCCAAGCUGACUAUGGAUGACAUCAGGACAGCAUGUCUGCCACAUAUGAAGAUUGGUGAUGGUGAGAGUGAGCGCCUCGCUGCGUUCUUCAGUAGGAACUCUUACCUGAGCGGCAGGUAUGAUGAGGAGGACUCCUUCUCUGAGCUGAAUGCCCACCUGAGCUCCCUGACCACCAGCAGGGGGGCUGACCAUGCUAACUGUGUCUUCUACCUGGCACUGCCCCCCAGCAUCUACCAUCAUGUUAGCAAGAACAUCAGAGCCCACUGCAUGUGCCGCAAAGGUUGGAGCAGGGUGAUAGUGGAGAAGCCAUUUGGUCGUGACUUGCAGAGUUCUCAGGAGCUGUCGUCCCACUUCUCCUCCCUGUUCAGAGAAGACCAGAUCUACCGCAUAGACCACUACCUGGGCAAGGAGAUGGUGCAGAACCUCAUGGUCCUCAGGUUUGGGAACCGUAUCUUUGGUCCUAUCUGGAACAGGAACAGCGUGGCCUGUGUGGUUCUAACCUUUAAAGAACCAUUCGGUACACAGGGACGCGGAGGAUACUUUGAUGACUUUGGCAUCAUCCGUGAUGUCAUGCAGAACCACCUCCUCCAGAUGCUCUCUCUGGUUGCCAUGGAGAAGCCUGCCUCCACCAGCCCUGAUGACGUGAGAGAUGAGAAGGUGAAGGUGUUGAAAUGCAUCGCCCCAGUGCCUCGGUCUGAUGUGGUGCUGGGUCAGUACAUAGGAGACCCUGAGGGGGAGGGCCAUGCCAGACUAGGUUACCUAGAUGACCCCACCGUGCCCAACGGCUCCCAGACGCCUACCUUCGCCACCUCUGUGCUCUACAUACAGAAUGAGAGAUGGGAUGGUGUUCCGUUCGUCCUGCGUUGCGGUAAGGCACUCAACGAGCGUAAGGCGGAAGUGCGUCUCCAGUUCACAGAUGUUCCAGGGGACAUCUUUAAUGAGCAGUGCCAGAGGAAUGAGCUGGUGGUGAGGGUACAGCCUGAUGAGGCCAUCUACCUCAAGAUGAUGACCAAGAAGCCUGGAGCCUACUUCAGCCCUGAGGAGACUGAACUGGACCUUACCUACAGGAGCAGAUACAAGGGCGUGAAGCUCCCUGAUGCAUAUGAGCGUCUGAUUCUGGAUGUGUUCUGUGGGAAUCCGAUGCACUUUGUCCGCAGUGAUGAGCUGCGAGAAGCCUGGAGGAUCUUCACUCCCCUCCUCCAUCACAUAGAGGGAGAGAAAACACCUCCUAUCCCUUACACCUAUGGAAGUCGUGGACCAAAUGAAGCAGAUGAACUCCUGAGGAGGGUGGGAUUCCGCUACGAGGGAACAUACAAGUGGGUCAACCCCCACACUGCAUGACACAAGAAACACACACCAAUUACACUGUGUGAAAGUUCCCUUGUAUUUGCUACUCUCGACUCUUUCGAGAUGCUUAUUUAAGUCGUACUGCAUGAAAGAAAACGUGAUACUCGGCAUUUCUCACAAUCCUGAUAUUCCCUCGUCUCCUAUUUGAGUUGGCAUGGUAUCCUACUGUAUGUGCCGUAGCCAACUUGUCAUUUGGGCACGUGUUCGGCAUGUCAACGACCACAGUGGAGUUGGUUAAAACACAAACCGUUCUGAACCACCAGGCGACAAAUCAGUAUUAUGAACAACACUUCUGAACUUGAUUAAUGCACUGUUUGAUUACAGCAUCACUAUCCAGAUUGAUUGUGACAAAAUAAAUCAUGAUAAUUUAUUGACUUCACUGUUUGAUUGAUUGAUUGACAAUGUAAAUUCCUGUGAGACUGUCGUCUAUAAGGCAUUGAGCACCCUGAAGGGAGGAGGUAAGGUAAGAAGCUCUUUACUAUCUUCUUAAAUCUAAGCUCGUGAAAAUCACUGACUUACAAAAGAAAUGAUCCUACUGGGAUAAUCAACUAAAAACCUCCAAAAUAUUAUAAACUUUCUCAACCUGACUAAUUAUAUUUCCAUCUACAUCAGCACAUUCCUGUGUAUCACUCAGUCCUAGCCUGGUCUGGUCUGAUCUGGGCCUAAUUUAAGUUGCUCCGCUAGACUGGCUGUUGACUGAUGUUUCCUGUUUCUCUCCCUCCAGGUAUAUGUCCCAGUUCUGAGCAUGCUGUCACUCCAUAGCCCACAGACUGUUACUGCUGGGAGGAAGCAGAAUGAAUGAAAGAU